AUGUCGCCGAUAGAUACCGCUGCUGCCGCGUCCGGCCCCUCCUCCAAUGGAGGCAGUGUCUCACCGCGGCAGACGGCAACGCCCAAGAACGUCGCAUUCGAGUUGAUGUUCUCCAACUCGCCGCAGUAUCGCGCGCGCCUGCCCAUGCGGGUGCAGAUUUACCCCCAUGACACCACCGACUCCAUCGUCACGACGGUCAAGAAUUUUUACGGUCUGUACUCCGGGCCAACCGGCUCCAAGGGUGUGAGCUUCGAGGACGACAAUGCCAACACACUGAUUGCGCGAUACGAGAACUUUCGCAAUAACAUGGUCGUCUACGUGCGGGUGAUUGAGGAGCCGCCUACCGCCUUUGCGCCGCAUCCGUUCCAUCCCGCAACCGUUGGGUCAGAGUCAUACUACCCAGCCGAGGACUUCCAGGCUCAGCAGCCGCAGCGCUUUGAUCAGGACAUGCACAGGCCAGCUUCCCGGGCGUCGCGCAGGCGCAGUCCCUCCCCCAAUGCGACCCGUGGUCGGCGAAGCGACUCCACGAGCACUUCGAGCAAGAAAGGGCGGUCUCGGUCUGUCAAGAACCGGAGAUCUGUGGCCCACAGCCAUGCUGAUACCUACAGCGAUAGCCUCAAUGGGUACAGCAGCGGAGACGGCGCCCCCAGCACCACGUCUGGAAAGAACAAGGAGCAGCUGGGCAAUACGGACAUAAGCGUCGAAAACAUUGUCGAGGGUGGUCGUCGCAAGAGGGCCAAGUUUGAGAGCUCGGAGUUGCCUCUGUUUGCGCCCCCGCAGAUGCCAGCGGCAACCUCGAACCCUUCCGUCUCCCCGGCUCGCCGAAUCGAGCAUCACCGGCCGUCGCUGCCUUUUGUGCAUCCGGGCCAGAAUCCCUUUACGAACCCGCGCCCGAUGCAGUCCCCGCAAAAUUAUAACAAUGGCCUUGUUCACUCCAACAUGUAUGCCACUCCCGCUUCCCAAGGCCAUCGCUCCCGCGGCAGCAUUGGGUACGCCAGCAACGGGAGUGGUGUGGCUACCGGAUUGGGUGUCCUCCCGACGCCCGAUCCCACCGUCGGCAGCUGCAUGUCGGAGGAGGACAAAGAUGUCGCCAUUCAGCUUAUGAGACUCGGCGAGUCGUCAAACGUCUCCCACGGCCGGACUUCGGCUUCCACCACGGACGACACCUUUAGCGGCAGAGCCGACGCUGCCUCGUCCACGGGCGCCACUAGCGAUGGCGAGAGCGACAGCGACCGUGAGCAUGGUGCGCCGCGCCGCCAGGUCCCGGACGUGGCCGCCGGCGCCAAGCGCAUAUUUGAGACGACGGAGGCGCACUUCAUUCCUACAACCGAGAGCGCUGAUGUCAGUGGUGAUGACGCCGACUUCGAGGACGGCGCAAACAGUUCAGUGGGUGAAAUCAAGUCGCUCCCUGCCAAGAAGCCGUCGUCGGUCAAGCACAAGAUGUCGUCUUCUGGCUCCAAGCCGGCAGCGCCAAAGACCAAGGCCGCGCGGCCGCCCAGCGUCAAGGCCAAGAAGCAGCCCGCCGCCGGCGCCGGGCCCAUGUCGCCGGCGUCAAUGACGCACUCGCGCAAGCAGUCCGUGGCUUCCACCGGAUACAUGCCCCCGCCCGGUGAGGACGAGCAUCCGGAUCUGUCUUCGAAACCGCGUUGCCAGCGAUGCCGGAAGAGUAAGAAAGGCUGCGAUCGCCAGCGCCCGUGCGGUCGCUGCCGCGACGCGGGGCUCUCGGCGGACCAGUGUGUCAGCGAAGACGAGGGCAAUGGUCGCAAGGGCCGAUAUGGUCGACACAUGGGCGUUCCGAUUGUCAAGGACGAUGCCCCUCUCCCUGCCCAGCCCGCUCUUCUGCCCGCCGCGCCCAUCACCACGGCGGCCAUGACUGCCGACAAGGCCAAGAAGCGCAAGCGGUAG